AAAAAACACGUGACACCGGUGGUAUCCGUUGGUAUUGGUACCGGUACUGGUGUAAUUGGACAAGUAAUGGCCGAUGUCAAAACUGGAAAAAAUAAAUGUGAAAUCCUUUGCAAACUUCGUAAAGCGGUUAAACAUGGAAAGCUGCCUCGAACUAUAAUGGAAAAUAUUCUUGCUGUUAUUCACCCAGCUGAUAAAAAAGUGGAUGUUGUAAAGAAAGUACAAAAUGUAUUGGAAAAGAAGCACAUUCCCACAGAAGUGAAGAAAAAGGUGCACUGCAACCAGCAAUCUGAUACAAAAAACGAAAUUUUGAAAAAAGUCGGUGAAGCGGUAAAUAAGGGUCAGUUAUCUCGCAGCGUGUUAGAUGAACUAACAGAUGAAAUAAGUCCAGAAGACAAAAAGUGUCAGAUAAUAAAGAAAGUUAGUAAAGCAAUUGCAAAGAGACACCUAACAAAUGCUGUAGCUGAAAAUGUAUUAGCCGAUGUUUACAAAAGUAACACAAAAUGUGAUGUCUUCAGAAAAGUUGAAAAAGCCAUUCAGAAAGGUCAAUUGCCCCAAUCGAUCUUAGAUGAUGUUGUUGCUAAUUUGAAGCUUAGCGACAACAAGUCUGCAGUCAUCAAGAAAGUUUGUAAGGGUAAGAUCAAUUUACGAUUCCUUGACACAACUGAAAACUACUAUGACCAAAUUGUUGUUACAUUAUUUAACAUAGUUAAAUUAGUUACCGUUAGUUAGCAUAAGGGCCCGUUGGUAGAGGGUGCCCUAGACGGACAUAUACUGAUCA